ACAAGUCUACAACACUGAGUGACCCACACCCACCCCGACACGACCCUGCUCUUUCCCUCUCACUGCUCUUCCUCGAACCUGCCUCCUCCUCUCUCAUAACUCAACGCUCAUCACCGCAAUCUCUCUUGGUUUUCACAAUUUUAAAAUGUUUAAUUUAACCAUGCGGUUUUGGAUUUUGGGAAUGUACUCCACCAGCACUUACUCAUAAUUUCCUUGAUCCAUUCACAUAUUUACUUUGUUUUUCGGUUUCAGUGUUCCUCCUCCUCCUCCUCCAAAUCCCAGCCCUUUCUCCUCUCCAUAUAUACGUUGCAACCACCACCUUAGCUUCAUUAGCAUAAAGAGCUCGAGAGCAGUCAUUUGUUUUAGUCAAUUACCUGAAUUAUAUAGCUAUUCUGGUUUGGAAAAUAGAUUGUAUAAUAUUGGGAAUGGAAGAAAUUAUGAGUGAGCUGAUGAAUGGGAGUGGGGAAGGCGUAAACGAACAAGGUAUGCAGCCAGGGUUCCGGUUCCAUCCGACGGACGAGGAGCUCAUAACCUUUUAUCUGGCUUUCAAGGUCUACAAUGGCUCCUUCUGCGGCGUACGCAUUGCUGAGGUCGACCUUAACCGAUGCGAGCCAUGGGAGCUCCCAGACGUGGCAAAGAUGGGAGAUAGAGAGUGGUACUUCUUCAGCUUGAGGGACAGAAAGUACCCAACAGGGAUGAGAACCAACAGAGCGACCGGAGCCGGCUACUGGAAGGCCACCGGCAAAGACAGACAAGUCUUCAGUGCGUCCACCGGAGCCCUACUUGGCGUGAAGAAGACCCUUGUCUUCUACAAGGGCAGAGCUCCGAGGGGCCACAAGACCAAGUGGGUCAUGCACGAGUACCGUCUUGACGGCCACUUCUCCUCCUACCGCCACGCCUGCAAGGAGGAAUGGGUGAUAUGCCGAAUAAAUCACAAAUCUGGGGACAAGAAAAGCCCACUACUAGUUGAUCAUGAAGCUGCUGCUUCAAUAAAUUCAAAUUGCAAUUACCUGCCUCCAUUGCUGGAUCCAUCUCCAGCAUUAGCAUUGCAAGAGUCAUGCCAUGAAUUUCAGAAUCCAAUGCAAUUGCAAGUUCUUCCUCCUCCGAUUCAUCAAGAUAAUCAUGACCCCUUCUUCUUCCCAGCUAUAAAUGCCAUGCAAACCCACCAAUUACCCUCUUUUUCCAACUCCCUCCUUUUCAAGUCCCUUUUCGACCAAGAUUGCAACAGCAGCAGUUCUACUAGUACUAUUCCCAAACAGUGCAAGACUGAGCUGGCCAACUACUUCUCCCGUUUCCAAACACCGGGCAACAGUAAUAACAACAAUAAUAAUAGAACCUGCAACAAAUUGCAUAACUUGAACUUGGGGGUGGAGCUGGAAAAGAAUCAUGCUCAUCAGUAUCAGCCAAACGCCCCCUAUCAUAAUCGUCAUCAAUACAAUGAUCCGCUGCCGUUUGAUUAUUUGGACUACACUGCUAGUGUGCUGGGGUUCUCAGCAGCAGAGGCUGCUACUACUACUACUAUCACCGCGAGUGCGACUGUUCAUGCUCAUGAUACGUCUCCCUCAUUUGCUUUCGACAGGGCCGGCUUUCAGACCAUGUUAGAUCUUCCUCCCAUCAAACUCCCUGGAGAAUCUUGCCCACCCUAGCAUAAUCAUUAAUGCUAGAUCAUGGAUGGCAGCCAAUAUUAUCGAGAUAUAUAUAUAUAUAUAUAUAUUUGUAUGCACGGGUAUUGUAAUAAAAUGUGGUAGCUUGGUUAAAUCUAUACUACUGUUGAUUG